AUGCGCCUAGGGUUUGCAGAUCCCCUUUCUGCGCCCUUCCUUCGGGUGCUUCGACGAGAGUGGGCUGGACGGAAGACGGUGGCUGGAGAGGGGGUGAGGUCGGGUCGCCGUGGUCGGACUGAUGGGCUCGGUGUUUCAAGCUGGAUUCAAGGUACGCUCGAUUGGUCCUUGUGGCUAUCUCGUCGUCGAUUGAUACGGUUCUGUUCCGCCGGAGUGACUGUAAGAGGUGAGUUGUGUUGGCUGCCUUCUUCGGAUGCCAAUUUGUCUCGGUUUUCUUUUGGUUGUGGUCGGCGGGUGCCUUGUUUUAUUCCGGCGGGUUUGGCUCUGUCCAUCAGGCUGGGUGGGGCGGCUGGACUUGGAUCCUUCAAUUCCUCUCUCACGGCUCUUUGUUUUGAGUUUUGGGUUCUAGCCGGCUUCCGAAUGAGCUGGGGUUUCGGCGAUUUCGGGUCGGCUUGGUUCUUGGCUUGA